AUGGAGCCUCUGCAACUAGCACCAGAGCCGCUUCAGAAUGCUCUAGAGCAAAUUCUAGUUGACCAGGACUAUAAGGAGGAGAAUCAGAGCAUCCCAUGGCCAGAAGUGGUCCCUUUGAUUGGGGCUCUUAUAAAAGCCGUGGUAGUCGAGAUAUACCAUGCAGAUGUCUCCUACGUGGCGCGCACUCCCUUUGACUCUAUUGGUGAGUCAAUUGAGAAGUUUAUUGCUCGCUUGGAGUGUAGACUAGAGACAAACUUUCCUACUUCUCCGCCUUUCACCAUUUACCAUCUCACCGAAACACUACUUCUGAAAUCACCGGGAUUCGAGCCAACGCGAGGCUUGAAGACGCGACUUCAUGAGUUCAAAACAACCAUUCGUAACACAGUGACCAAUGACGAAACAGUCAUUGAAGCAGACAACAAUUAUUAUCAAUCUGGAAACGGGUCGACAGAAACACACGAAAACGAGGUAAGUGCAUUGAAAUAUCUGAGAGCUUUGGAGCGUAGCAUACUUGUGCAAACAUCCAUCGAGGAGAUCAAUCAGCAUCUAGCAGAGUAUGGUUCUAGGAACACUACGGACUCAAAUGGUGAGGUGCCUCCUGAGGAAUCGAGUUCGAUCCAAAUGAGUCCAAUCGGCUGGAUUGAUGAAAUGCGCGCUUUGGCAGCACAGGACGCGACUACGGAGGCAUCUCCCAAACGGUUAGGUUCAGAGCCAGAGGACGACAGACUUGUAAAACGGACCAAGAACGAGCGCGACCAAGAAGAUGAGAAAACUAAUGCAGAGACGGGAAAGCAAAAAGAAGACUCGGAGGGCGAGUCCGACAUUUCGACUGGAGAUAUGAGUGUGGAUUAG